AAUAAGAAGGAAGUGAAGGGUGGAAUGUCAUCCAUUUCUUUUCAACUCUACUAAAGGAACGAUGGUGCUCCGGACUUUAGGUUGUCACUUGGGGCGUUUUCAAGGGAUUUACCGCCAGCUACAGUCCUGUGGGCUGGCUGUGUUGGGGGUGCGGGGUCUACCCGUGGUGUCGUUGGGGGUGAGAUGUAAGAGCUCCGGCCCUGUACAGAUGAGUCACCUGGACCACCUUGUGUUGACCGUGAAGAGUGUUCCAGACACCUGCACCUUCUACUCCUCUGUCCUGGGCAUGGAGGUCAUCACCUUUAAGGGUAACCGUAAGGCGCUGUGUUUUGGGAAGCAGAAGUUGAACCUGCACCAGGUGGGUCAGGAGUUUGAACCCAAGGCUUUGAGACCCACCUCAGGAUCAGCUGACCUCUGUCUCAUCACCCUCACCCCCCUGGCUGCUGUAGCUACACACCUACAGGCGUGUGGUGUGGAGAUAGAGGAGGGUCCAGUGGAGAGGAGUGGCGCUGUUGGACCCAUCACAUCUCUCUACUUCAGAGACCCAGACCACAACCUGAUAGAGGUCUCUAACUACAACCAACCAACAAAGGACUGAGGCCUUAUGUCAACCUCUAACUACAUGUACAACCAACAUCCUUUAGCUAAACAGCUACCUUCAACAGACCAACAGCCUUUAGCUAAACAUCUACCUUCAACAGCCUUUAGCUAAACAUCUACCUUCAACAGCCUUUAGCUAAACAUCUACCUUCAACAGCCUUUAGCUAAACAUCUACCUUCAACAGCCUUUAGCUAAACAUCUACCUUCAACAGCCUUUAGCUAAACAUCUACCUUCAACAGCCUUUAGCUAAACAUCUACCUUCCACAGCCUUUAGCUAAACAUCUACCUUCAACAGCCUUUAGCUAAACAUCUACCUUCAACAGCCUUUAGCUAAACAUCUACCUUCAACAGCCUUUAGCUAAACAUCUACCUUCAACAGCCUUAGAACAACCAUUUAACUGCAACAGAAGAACAAAGGGCAUUCUUAUAUUUUGUGUGUUUUUGCUCAGCCAACUUAUUUGUCUUUUGUCAGAAAGAUAACAGUAGUUAGACUGAAGAGUUAGUGCUAAGGUAACCUUUAUGAGGACAACAACGUAGUUCCUACGUGUCAUGUUUUGGCCUAGCCAGAUCUGUAUGUUAGCCAAUUCCUUGUUGUUUGGGGUGAUGACUUGCCUUGUUAAAUAAAAAAAUGAAAGAGGCAAAAUA